GACGUCACUGGAAUUUCAAGAUGGCUUCGGAUCACGGUCAGGAUACGGUCAUCUACCGGUCUGAGACAGGAAAGCUUUGAUGUUUUAGCGGGCAUGUCUAUGAACUCACGGUAUUUGCGUACUAUUAAUAUUUAUCCCGUUAAUAUGGUGGAGGACAGUGUGAAUAGGCGUCAUGGUGAAAGAAGAGCGGAGUACAACACUGAACUACAGCAGCGCUUCGGCUGUCAAUCCACAAGAGGAUUUUGAAUGAGAUGGAAAAGACUGAGGAUGAACCUGUACAGAUAUAUUUCCUUUAUAUGAGAGCAAACUGAGAUAGACACAUUCCUCACUGGAUGGUUUAAAAGAGGACUACAGUAGAGGUCAUUUGUGCUGCUAUCAGGAAUUGGGCUGCGGCCGAUGGGUUAUCCACCCAGCGGGGUCCAAAAGAGCAGUGUCAUCUCCGAGCAUUGUGGGCAUUCUGUAGAUUCACCUGUGAAGCUGAUGGUGGAGUCAUCUUCCUCUGGAGGCAGGGGUGCUGAGGAAGGCAGACCACCUCCACACAUCGCAGAUGUUAUAGACAGCCAGGAGAACAUAAUGCAAGGCAUGUUCUCCCAAACUGGAAUGACGCAGGGAGAGAAAGGCCAAUUGCACAGCAGCCAGGACCACGAGGUGCCAGAGUCAUGCGAUAAGACCAGUACCCAGCCAUGUGGCACUAAGCUCCCAAAUGGACAUGCAGGCCACGGUACACAUGAAGUAACUGAGCGGGACGAUCCGAAGUCAUCUCAUCCUGCAGGAAGCUACUUGAAUUCAGAAGAUAACUGUGUGAUUGCAAACGGAGAACUGUUGGCAGGCUCCAGAGGUGGUGCUUUGGAUGCCGUUGCUUCUGCACCUCCACCUAAAGAUGCAGCUGAAGCCAGAACUACUAGCUCGGAAGACUGUUCAAAUGCCCAGAAUUCAGCGUUUAACGAUACCAGAAGUUGUUCUGAAGGUCUCUCUCUCAGGAUGUUUUCCUCCAGCACUUUCCUCAACACUGACUCUGCUCCUCUGAGUCCGGACGAUGACGAGACCUUUUCCACAUCAGACAGACCUGAUGACUCGAGCUUCACUGACGUGAGUCUGAAACCCAGGAACACUUAUGAGAUGAGUCGGCGUCAGAGCGCCCCAGACAACAUCCCUGGUGUGUUGAGUGUUGCUGUCGCAGAUCUGACUCUCAGCCAGAGGAAACACGGCAUCUCUGAGAUCUUCAGCAGAAGUCUGUUCUCCAGAAAGCAGAGGGAAGCCCAGAGUGCACCAGGAUGGAAACUGUUUGGAAAGGUCCCGCUGAGAGAGAGUCCUCCCAAAAAUUCCAAAACCAUUCAGCAGGAAGGUAACCCAGGCAAUCUCACAUCUGUAUCGACACCCAAUCUCUUAAGUUCAGGGGAGUACGAGACCAAGGUGUCUAAAUCGGGCCAGAGUCCCUCCCUGCCCGCUCAGGGCCGACGGAAGAACCUGGAAUUCGAACCAUUGUCCACCACAGCGCUCAUAUUAGAGGACCGUCCCGCGAACCUCCCUGCUAAGUCGGAGGAGGAAGCGCAGCGCCACCGUCAGGAGUAUGAUGAAAUGGUGGCAGAGGCCAAGAAAAGAGAGCUGAAGGAGGCGCAGAAGAAGAAAAAGCAGAUGAAGGAAAGAUUUAAACAGGAGGAAAGCAUCGCUAAUGCCAUGGUGGUUUGGAACAACGAAAUCCUUCCCAACUGGGAGAGCAUGCGUGGCAUGCGGCGUGUGAGGGAUCUGUGGUGGCAAGGUCUUCCGCCCAACGUGAGGGGGAAAGUCUGGAGUCUGGCCAUUGGGAAUGAGCUGAACAUAACCUCAGAUUUGUACGAGAUCUUUCUCUCGCGGGCCAAGGAGCGCUGGAAGAGCUUCAGAGAGACCGGCACUGAGAUGGAGUCAGAUGCAGACAGUGCCGACCGUGAGUCCAGUCUGGAUCUGAUCAAACUGGACAUCUCACGCACAUUUCCACCGCUCUUCAUCUUCCAGAAGGGUGGGCCGUACCAUGAUCUCCUGCACAGCCUUCUGGGCGCUUACACUUGCUACAGACCUGACGUGGGAUAUGUUCAGGGAAUGUCCUUCAUAGCUGCUGUGUUGAUUCUCAACCUGGAGGAGGCUGACGCUUUCAUCGCCUUCGCCAAUCUCCUCAACAAACCCUGUCAGAUGGUUUUCUUCAGAGUGGACCAUGAGCUGAUGCUGAAGUACUUUGCAGCAUUUGAGGUGUUUUUCGAGGAAAACCUCCCGAGACUUUUUAAUCACUUCAAGAGCUCCAACCUCACGCCUGACCUGUAUCUCAUAGACUGGAUCUUCACCCUCUACACUAAGUCCCUGCCGCUGGAUGUGGCGUGUCGGGUGUGGGACGUGUUCUGCAGAGACGGGGAGGAGUUCCUGUUCCGCACGGGGCUUGGGAUUCUGCGGCUCUACGAGGAAGUGCUCCUGCAGAUGGACUUCAUCCACAUCGCUCAGUUCCUGACCAGACUCCCAGAGGACAUGCCGUCCGAACGCCUUUUCAGCUGCAUCGCCAACACUCAGAUGAUCAGCGGCAACAGGAAGUGGAUACAGGUGUUUAAUGCCCUCCUAAAGGAUAAAGAAAUGGAAAAAAGCAGCAGUCCUACAGUGAAAAACUCUUGAACUCUCACCAUUUUUAUAUUUCCAGUUGGCUUUAACUCUCGAUUAGAAGAGAGGAUUGUAUAAAACGGGCUCAAAGAAAUGAAAUGAAG